UCGAGCGCCCGAUGUAAACACGAGAAGAAAGAGAGACGAAAGGAGAAAAUACUUUAUUUGGAUAAAUUGGGAGAAGGAAAGACAUUGAUAGCCGGAGUGACUUUGCGAAUUGAAGAACUUGACCGGAAGAAAGGAAGGAAAGGAGAGAGAAUAUAAAUCAACCGUGAGAAAGAAGAGAGAAAGAUCUGUCGUAUCAAGCCAUCCGCUGGUUGCACCACAAAACCCUCUCCAGGAACUGGUGGAUUCAAUGGAUACUAUGAAUGGCACAGCCCUGAUAUGCACAUGCCUUGAGAGAUACAAUGAUUCUGACAGAAGGCCGAGAUUCAUGCCAUGUGGCCACAUCUGUUGCACGAGCUGCUGCGAGGAGGGGGUGGUGGAAGGAAGACUCCAGUGCCACAAAUGUGACCUUUUCCACUAUCCUAUCCAUAAUCUUCAUGUUUUCCCCAUUGCAUACAUUGUGGAAGAUCUUGUGAAGCAUUAUCAAAAGAUCUCGGAGAGUUCUGACGGAGCGUGUCAGGGGAACAGUGACAGUGACGAUGACGAGCCCCGGUUUGUCCUCAAGCAGGACCCCAGGUGGGCCACAAGUAGCACCAUGACCUCAAUGCUGGUGAAGCAGGACUCCUCAAUGGCAGAUUUCGCAAGUGCCUUCAUCAGCUCGAAAACCAGACUGGACAACUAUAGGUCGGCUCUUGAUCAUUGCUUGAAGGAGCACAAGACCCUAAAGGAGGAACUGAAUGUAUUACUGGAGCUGAACGAUAUGGCGAGGGCUAUACUGGAGCAGGAGAGGAAAGAAUUGGACAAACAUAAAGAUGAAGGUGAAAAGUUGAUGGAAAAACUCAGUAGCGCCAAGGAGCUGAUUCAAAAAAUAACUUCAGUUAAGGAUGCUAUAGAGAAGCUCAAGGAAUCAGACGAGUGCUUGGAGGAGGCUCAGAAUUGGGCACAGAAAGACGAGGACAAGUUCCCGAAUGACGAACUGAUCAACAGGACAGUCCAGAUUCGCCUUAUCAUAAAGAAAAAUAUUCGUGUGAUGGUAGAAGAGAUGCACGGUGAAGUUAGAAGAGAUACGGAUGAAGAAGAGACAAGUGAGGAUGAGGAGGAUGAGGCAGAGGAGAAUGACAUUGAAAUUAAGUUGUUUUCAUUCUCUGACAUCUUCUCAGACCAAGAGGAAAUCCACUCGUUUAAGGGAUUCUCCGAGAGUAAGGAGUUAAAGGUGGAUCAUCCCUUCUUCAAGUACCUGCUGCCUGAGUAUGUCAGAAUCGCUAAGGUUUAUGCUGUUCAAGAUGAAAACAAGGUCAUUCGCUCAGCCAGGUUGAGUGCGUACAAAGGCAGGAUCCAUCUGCACAACCUUGAAGUUGGGGCUCCUCCUGAUGACGCUUAUACGAUUAAGCACAGUGAUCUGAUUGACUUGUUGGACACGUCAUCAAUACUGACUUUCCUAGACUUCAAGAUGAAUGGUGAGGAUGCAGAACGCGUACACAUCCGCAUGAACGAUGACACCAUACGUGCAAAGCAGUUUGUUCUGCUGUGUGCUGGCACCUGGGGUGGGUCCUACGCAGAUAAAAAUUUGAUCAUGGUAUGGAACCAGGGCUGUCAAGGUGAGUGUGUAUGGGGUGGGGACUACAACGGCGGGAGCUCCAUUAUCCCUGGGCUUUUGACAGGAGGUGAGUACGAACACCCUAAUAAGCUGGGGACUGUCAGUGGCUGGUAUACAGACUUCCGUGGAACGAGGUUCUGCAUCACUACUGUCGCUAAACCCGAAUCCAACCUCAUUUCUGCAUUCGGGAUGGUUGAGAAAGGGAUUGAGGUUGUGGUUAAGAUUGCCCAAUCGUUUCAUGGUAGAGGCUGGAAAGUUGUAACUUGUGGAUUAGUGAUAGAGGAAGCGUGCCUCGAUGGGUCUCAGAGAAGAAAAGCCACAGAAGAGGAUGACCAAUCUGAGACAUGGAGUGACUCAAGUUCUCUGCAACAUCUCUGAAAUCUGGAACUUUGUCAACUGAACUGUUGACAUGACUUGUACUGGAAGAGGAAUAAGAAAGACUAGGUUGUGACAUUGCCAGUACUUUUGUGUGCCAUGAAAAACAAACAUUAGAAGAAU